AAAGAUAAUAUUGUCAGUACAAUAUAUUAGAUAUAUAGGCGUCAUUGUUAUAAUAAAUUAUAUUGUGACAUUGAUAGUUCAAUAUCUGACCUCAUUCAAUUUAUAAAUUAUACCUAGUUAACAUUUACCGCAACACGUAGUGUAUUUUCAAGUUAUAUCUAUAGUGCCUACCUACAAAAUCUAUUGUAUAAAUUACAAAGAGUACAAAAUCACUUCGCAGUUACCAUGAGUGUGUUCAUUAGUUAUUCUACUUAUAUCUUAAUCAUACUUGUAUUUUCAUUAUUAUCUGACUGCAGUAUUUUACAAGAACCUAAUAAAAAACAACCACAUAUCAUUAUUAUCGUUGCUGACGAUUUGGGAUGGAACGAUGUUGGUUUUCAUGGAUCAAUUCAAAUACCCACACCAAAUAUUGAUGCUUUGGCGUAUAAUGGUGUAAUAUUAAAUCGCCAUUAUGUUCAACCUACUUGUACUCCAUCGAGAGCUGCUUUGCUUACCGGAAAAUAUCCGAUUCGAUAUGGCCUUCAAGGAUUACCUAUUAUUGCUGGUGUACCCUUAGCACUCCCGUUAACAGAAAAAAUUUUACCAGAAUAUUUAAAAGAUUUAGGUUAUUCAACUCAUUUGGUUGGUAAAUGGCAUUUGGGUGCUAACAAAAUAAAUCAGACCCCUUUGAAAAGGGGAUUCGACAGUCAUUUCGGCUAUUGGAACGGAUUCAUUAGUUAUAGGAACAGUACGCAUUCUACGGGAUUAAUGAGUGGCAAAGAUGCUAGACGCGGAUUCAAAAGAGCAGGAGAUGAGAUGGUUGAUCAAUAUGCAACAGACAUUUUCACCAACGAAGCUAAUAAAGUUAUAAAGUUGUGUAAAAAUCAGGGAAAACCAAUGUUUUUAAUGGUUAGUCAUUUAGCAGUUCAUACUGGAGUACCUGGACCAAAUAUCUUGGAAGUUCUAAAUAAAACACAUAACGAUAUAAAAUUUAAUUAUAUUGAAAAUAAAAAAAGAAGACUUUUUGCAGGAAUGUUGACUUCAUUAGACGAAUCUGUUGGUAGUAUCAUUGAGUCAUUGGAUAAUAAUAGAAUGUUAGAAGAUUCAAUCGUGUUGUUUAUAUCUGAUAACGGUGCACCGGCUGAUGAUCCAAUAUGGGGUUAUGAAAAUUCAGGAUCUAAUUGGCCAUUACGAGGAGAAAAAGGAGCAGUACUUGACGGCGGAGUACGUGGAGUAGCUGCUAUAUGGAGUCCGUGGUUGAAAAAGAAACAUAGAAUUUCUGAAAAUUUGUUUCAUAUAACCGAUUGGUUGCCUACCUUAUAUACAGCUGCAGGUGGUAAUUUUGAUAAUUUGGGUCAAAUUGAUGGUGUUGAUCAGUGGGAGAGUUUGACCGAAACUUCAAAACGUAUAAGAUCAAUGGCUUUAAUUAAUAUAGAUGAAACAAGUGGAGAAGAAGCAUUGAUUUUCAACAAUUGGAAAGUCGUAAAAAGUAAUCGCACAAGUGACAUUGUCUAUUUCCUGAAAUACAGCGGUGAACCCGGAAACAUAGGACCGGACUAUAAUAUGAAUGCCGUCGCAGAUAGUCUGACUGGUUCGCUUUUAUCGAAAAUUAACUGUUUAGCGUCUAAAGCAGACUGCAUGGACACGUUGACUACAUACGAUUUGUUUUAUAACAUUCGUUCCCAGGCCAAAAUUGAUGGCAAAUGUACCCAACGAAUCUCUGACUCAGAUCCUAACGGGCGUUAUGAAUGUUUUGAUAGCCCUUGCUUGUUCGAUAUACAGAAAGACCCUUGCGAAUAUCAAAACAUAGCCAGUGGACAUCCGGAAGUUCUUAACAUGACGGUAGAUAUGUUGGUACAAUUCAGAAAAGAACUUACGAUGCAAAACAAUCAGAAAAUCGAUCUCGAGGCAGACCCUAAAUUUUUUGACGGUUAUUGGGAUACGUGGAUGGAAAAAUCUGACGGUUCGAUUUUAUUCGGUGGAAGAUUACAGUCGCGCGUUAUUUUAAUUUCAAUGAUGUGUUUUUAUUAUUAUUUUAUAAUUUGAUGACAUUUUGUCAUAUAUAUACAUAUAU